UGGGUUGGACCAGGGCACACUAAAACUGAUCAAGUACAGCAAGCAGAAGAUGGCAAAACAGAAUUAUCGCUCAUUCAUUUUAAGAUGAUGAAUCCACAUUGGGUACCACCUGAUCCUUCAAAUAGAUUCUUUGAUGAAUUCAAGGAACAAGUUAUUACUGCACGAGCUGCACCUGGGCAGAUGAAUGCAUACUAUAGUUCACUCAAUUCACUCACCACAAUGGGGUCUAAAUAUGCCAGUCUUGUAAAUAGCAUCCAUCAAUCCCAACAUCUUCCAGCAGGGAGCACCAGCAUGACGUUGUCUUCAUACAAUAAAGAUCAUUUGAGAAUGAAGGGUGGACUGAGCCAUGCAGAAGGCCCACCUUAUCUUGUGCAGGACGCCCUGCCUAGUUUGACUACAAAUGAAAUAGAUGUUCAUUCAGUGCAAGAAUUGAAUCCCAUGGAACUUCGAGCUGCCGAUAUGAGUCUUAGUGCUUUAUUCUUACAUGAGGUACACGAUAGAUACAUUGAUUCAGCAAGAACUCAAAAUAAUCAAUCUCAGCCUAUUCUCCAGAAUGUGGAAAAUGGCAACGAAGAAGAUCCUUUGUUGGAUAUACGAAGAGCAAACUAUGUCAAUUGAAGAAACUAUAACCUCACAUUCAUCCGACAUCUUAUGACAUCAUCGCAAAUAUAAGAAAAUUUACAUUUUUAAUCUUCAUUUUCAUACAAGACCUGAACUGUGUAAAUAGUAUCUGAAAGAUGGACGUUGGCGCAAAUAUUUGAGUUUUGAUUUAUUUUGAAGCGUCAUAUAGCUGAAAUGCGCUUGCUCUAAGUUUAAGCCAGUCUUUCUGAUUUAGGCCAAAGGUGAUAACGAAGAAAAAAACUUUAGGAUUGAACUUUCUGUUUCCUGUGAUGAAAAUAAUACGAUAUGAGUGGCUCCAAAUAAACCUGCUGUGCCUGAGAUAUAAAAUGUUUUGAUCUAUAAUUGUUGUUUUAUUUGUUUGUUUUGCUUCAAGCAUUAUGUGUUAAAACCCAUCAAAAAAAUACACAAAAACAUCUUUUAUGCAGUCUCUUCUGUGUACUGCGUGAAAAACGAAAAACAAAAAAGCCUUCAUAACUCUUAGUUUUUUAUGUAGUGAUCAGAUUGUUGUGUACUAAAAAGUAGUGCUUAUGUUUCCAUGCUAUGAUUUAAAAUAUGUAAAUUAAUUUGUGCAAAAGUUAUUUUAAGUUGCAAAAGUAGUCAUAAAAUAAACAUGCCUUUUAUUCUGGAGGUAUGCCUAUUUGAUUUAACUCAAAAUGUGUGGAGUUGCUGUAAUCCGAAAAAAAUAAAUCCAACAGUUUAGUCAAGAGAGAUUGAAAAUUUGGAUAAUUUAGUGCUAAUUUUAGCAUAUUUCGCCAAAUCUCUGGACUUUUUUAAACGAUUUUAAAAAAUUUGCACACUAUUGUAAAACUUGUUUAUUGAAAGUUAUUUUUAAAAUGUUUGAAUUAUAAGGUGUGAAAAUUUUCUGUAUUAUUUUAAGCUAUGUAAUCUAUGCGACACACAACUUUACAAUUGUCUUAAAAUCUAAUAAUAAAACACAAAUCUUAGAAUAUCGUCUCACAAAUUAAUUAGUUCAUUUAAGGUUAGCAUUUCAAACCAUUAUGAAUUACAAGAUUGCAUCUUAGCACAUAACAAUCUGAUUAUGAGAACAAAAAUAAUAAUUUGUUCUGUUUUUUAUCUUAGGCAAACACUUUAAAAUUUCUAUUCUCUGCAGGACUAAAUAUGCUUUUUCUCAUCUGUGUAUGUUUGGAACAUAGCCUUAUCAUGUUUUGUAAUAUGUUGCCCCUCUAAUUAACUGACCCAUGCAACUUAAUUCAUAUUUACCUGAUAUUCUAAAAGCAAAAUU